GGGUGGUGGAGAUGGUGGUCAGCUGGGGUUAAGAAGGAGCUGAGGGCCGAGCCCGGUAGAGUCAUCGUAUGUCCGGCCGUGAGGGUGUCCGCUGAGUCCUGCGUCCAAGGGAGGUCGCGCAGGUUACAGUGAGCGCCACUAAAAGUAAUUGUGCCCGGCCGCAUAGUCUUCGGUGUCAGGAUGGACAUGUACCGCUCGGCCCCAGCUCACGUCAGGGGACACGGCCGCCUCUCCGGGUUACCCGUGGUCAAGGCCUUGUUCUCCUGUGAAGCAGAUACCGCCUCGGCCCUGUCUCCAGUCACCAACCUCGCCCUCAACAUGGACCAGCUGGCAGUACUGGGCAGUCAGUGUGAGACCCCAAAGAGGAAGCUCUGUGACCGCUUGUCUCUGCAAAGAUCUGAUUCCUCUGAGUCCAUGGAUGCAGGCCUUGGUCUUGAAUCACCCAGAGUAUUGAACUUUAAGAACCUGGAAGAGACGUUUGAAAAGGCGCUGCAUGACUCCAGCCGAAACCCAAAUGCAAAGAUACCCGUGGGGAGGAGGCGGUCCCUGCCGCAAAACCUUGGUUCCAGCCCUGCCUUCAAGAGAAAUCUCUCCGAUUCCCUGAGUUGUGAACUAUUUGGAGAUGACGAGAACAAAGAAAAUGAACCCUUCCAAUUCAAGAUCCCAGCCAGGCCAAGUUUCAGAAGUUUCACACGACCCCGAUGCCAGGGAGAGGGCAAGGAAGCGCUUGUGCAGAGACAGAAGUCCGCUCCGGCAUGCAUGUUCUCUUCUCCUGGGACGGACACUGAAUCCAGAAGUCAUGAUCUUGUCUUGGUGAGGAGGUCGUCUUGCACGUCCACUACAACAGAGAGCAGUGACGAUGGCUUCCUGGACAUGUUGGAUGGAGAGGAUGAGGAGAGCGACGCUGAGGUUCCGUGUGGCGUUGCCAGUCUCUGGACCGCUCCCUUGGUUUUGAGCCGCCCACAGGUUAGUCAUGAAACUGGUUCUCCCUCACAUACUCCCGUGGCCAGGGCUGCGACAAAGCGGCCGGAGCUCCCGCACGGAGACAUGCCAGAGAAGAUCAAGAGGCGCCGCAGCAUGUUUGAGGUGACGGAAGAGCAUGAACCUGAAAAGGGUUUGUGUCUGAUGCGGUCCAAGUCCUUCUCUAAGGAAACUAUUGAAAGUAUAUUCGACAGCGACCAAAGAGAUCUUAUCGGAGACUUCUCAAAGGCCUUUUUAUUUCCAACUGUUAGCGGUAAACAUCAGGAGCUGAAAUACAUCACCCCGGAGAUGAUGGCGCUGAUCCUGAACGGGCAGUUUGAUUCUCUUAUUGAGCGCUGUGUGAUCAUUGACUGCAGGUACCCCUACGAAUACGACGGGGGGCACAUCAGGGGGGCCAUCAAUCUGUACAUGGAGCAAGAGGUAGAAAACCAUCUCCUAAAGACCUCCAUCCGACCCCAAGGGUCCAAGCGAGUGAUUAUCAUCUUCCACUGCGAGUUCUCCUCGGAGCGCGGACCCAGAAUGUACAAGUUCUUAAGAGAGAAGGACAGAGACGUGAACGAAUACCCCCAUCUGCACUACCCCGAGCUGUACAUCUUGUCAGGAGGCUACAAGGACUUCUUCCAGAAGUGCAAGCCUUUUUGUGAUCCAGAAGGUUACCGUCCCAUGCACCAUGAAGACUUCAAAGAUGAUCUCCGGAAGUGUCGCAUGAGGAGCCGGACUUGGGCCGGAGAGAAGAGCAAGAGGGAGCUGUACAGCCGUCUCAAGAAGCUCUGAAUACGCUCUACUGACUUUCCCCACCUGGGAUCCAUCUAUGGGAACAUCCUUGACACAGGCGGACCCCGGGGAGUGGAGCAGACAAUGUUCGGUGUUUCUGGAAAGCACAGAGCUGGGGAUUAGUGUUUUUUACCUGGGACUGCCUGGUGCAGCCGACUGUAAAUCCACUUUCUCUGGGACAUUCUGUCUGCACCUUGCCAAGCCUGCCACGACUCGUCAGAAAUCCUGCAGCUUACGCAACAUCCCGCAGGAUCAGUUUUUAUCUAGCAGUAAUGGUUUCUGGUUGCAAGACCUCCAUGUGAACACAGACUGAGUUAUCGCUCGGCUCCUCUUGUGCCACUGCUUUUUAUACAAAAUUUUAACCCUUCCUUUCUCAGGUUUGAGUGAUCAUUGAAUCAAAGAUGUCGAUUUCAUCAGCUUUUACUUCCCCUUAUUUUAAGAUUGACGGGGGGUAAAGCUAAAGUUUAUAUUCUUGUUACCGGCAUGUGUAAUCAUUGUGUGACCCCAGACAGAAGAGACUGCUGUCUCCAAACUUGUCCUGUGUACAUUUAUCCUAACGUGGCUGGAGUUUGGCCACAGGGGGGCUUAUGGUCGGGCCCCUUCCUCUUUUGGCAUAUGUUGCACAAUUGCUGAAUGCACCAGUCUUGAGUUAUCACAGGGGUUGUCCACAAACCAACAUGGCUGCUUCCAUCCAUGGGUAGACUGGCAUUGCAGCUCAGCCUCAUUCACUUCAGUGGAGGUGAGAUGAAAUUGCACAUGUGGCCUUUGGACCGGUGUGGCGCCAUCUUCUUUUCUGGGCGACCCCUGUAAGCUCACCAUCUGACUUCUGCCUGUCAUGGUAUUUUUAUUUUUUUUAAUUACUGGGUUUUCUUAAUUGGCAGAAUUGCUUUUUUUAACUUUUUGCACUUAAUUUUCAGGUCACGUCCACUUUGGCAAAGCAUCUGUUGCCUUAACAUCUCUACAGUUUUUAUAUGUAGAAUUAUUCUGCAUUGGGGGUCACCUGCAUUACUUACACUUUUCCUGCAUUUGCUAUUGUGCAGCUGUUGGAAACAGUCAGCAAGCCUGACGUUGGGCUCUUGCUGAUCCAAUUGAGAUGCUUCUGUUAACACAUCUCUGUGCAGGAAUUGAACAUGAAGGUAAUGCUUGGCGAUCUCUGCUCUGAAGCCUGCAGAAUUAGGAGUGUAGCUCCAGAGUAUAAUGCAAGCUGUAGAUUAAAGGGGUAUUUAAAGCUAUCCUCAGAAUAGGGGACAACUAUUAGAUUGGUCCUACUGCUGGGACCCCCACUAUCAUGAGAUUGGGAACACUGUACCCCACGGAGCCCCAGAAAUGAAUGGGAUGGCUGGUUUGGCAUGUGCACAGGAGUUCCAGAUAUGGGAGAGCACUUUGUUUGGCACUCCCAUAGAAAUAAAUUGAACAGCCAAGAGCAUGCCUGACCAGCCCCUCCAUGUGUUUCUAUAGGACUUCCAGAGAUGGCUGAGUGUUGUAUUCGGCACUUCUAAAACUCCCAUGGAAAUUAAUGGAGGGGCUGCGCACGUGCCUGAGCAGCCCCUCUAUUCGUUUUGGUGGCAGGGCUCAGUCGGGUACCAGGUCGUUGUGAUCGAUUUCAGGUCUCUCUACGAUGUAAUAGUUAAAAAUAACUGGAAUACCCCUUAAGUUGUAAAUUUGGGGUUGUCCCAUUUUGGCAACAUGUGGCUCUCCAUCACUUUAGGGCCCCUGUUCUGAUUAUAGCUGUGGAUCUCCCCUUAGGUAAAUGCUACUAUCUGACACUUAAGGCGUAUCCAAGCCAUAAAUGUUGAUAUGGGAUAACCCCCUUUCAGAUUUUAGUUUUCCUUCUGCAGAAAAGGAUUGGGUCGUCUUGGGUUUGUACAGAAUUUAGAAAAUCAUGUUUGCUCGUCUAGUAUUGCAGCUCGGCUCAAUCGACAGGAAUAGUUGAGCUGCAGUACUGCGUACAACCUGCAGACAAGUCCUGUUUUUCUAAUCAUGUGCAACCCCCUCGACCCGCAUAGUGUAGAAAUAUGGCAGUACUGUAGCGAUCAGUGUUGGUGCUUGCAUAUGACACAUCAAAGGGAGGCCCAAUAAUUUACUGCCAUGAGUGUAAGUAGCAGUGAUGACCACCACCACUUUCCUUUUUGCCGAUUGUGACUUUCCUGUUUGUGGUUGAUUUUUACCAUCUGCACCCAUGUGCGGCCUGGACUUGGCGGCCCUUGCUCAGGAGAUCAUGUUCAUGUCUGUCAUGUUACUAUUCCAGGUUUGCAGCUUCCUGUACAGAUUAUGCAGUUUUGUAUCUUUGCAUUGUUUUUUGCAGGAAAAUAAAUGACCUAAAACCUCU